CUCGCGGAGGAACAGACUGUCACUGUCGCCGCGUGAAACGCCAGGGGCGCCGAGGUCUGUCCCCUCAUCUGUCUGGCUCCAGGGCUCCUCAUCAUUAAUACAAACCGCUAAAGUUAAGGCUAGGUUAGCUAGCAUUUUGGUUAGCAGCGGGACUCCUCAGCCUGACAGUUGACGGCUGCGGUGGGAUCAGAGGAGGAGGAGGAGGAGGAGAGGAGGAGGAGGAGAGGUUCCACACUCACAGAAAACUCUCAUUAGCCAGCUAGCUAACGUCAAGUUGCUGCCUGUGAACUAAGUUGGUCGCCAGCAAGGAGCAACAAAAGGGACUUUGACGGGGCCUUUGUUCAACAAACUGCUGGAGGCCACGAGACGGCGGUGUGACUGCGUCUGCUGAUCCCUGAGGAGCAUGAGUCAUGACCUCAGUGGUACUGGUCGACACUGGUGGGACGGUGGUGGAGUAUGUCGCAGCUGAGGAGGAUCCCCAGCAGGAGGGAGAGACUGAGGUGGACCUGGAGCUUGAAGGUGAGAUAGAGGGGGAGUGUGAAGCUGAGGAGGCCUAUGAAGAAACACAGGACAGAGAGGAGGCUGAGGACUACCCGGCAGUGAUAGUGGAGGAGGUUCCUGGCGCCAGCCUGGCUGAGGAGCAAGGUUACUCAGCCCAGGUGUUUGUGUAUGAUGACGUGGCCUACCUGAUGCAGGAAGUGGGCGAUGAGCAGGAGGUAGAGACAGAAGGGGAGGCAGUGGAGGCUUCUGUCCAUGGCACCGGUGUCCACUGCUCUGAUAAGACCUUUGAGGCUGCGGAAGCUCUGCUGCGCAUGGAUUCACCUUCUAGCCUCAGGGAAGACCGUAGUCCAGAAGCUUUUGUUCCACCUUGCGUUGCGACACCAGACUUCCUUCACGCUGCCAUGCGUCCCGACAUGAUUACAGAGACCGAGGUGGAGAUAUCGACCGAGGAGUGCUUCGAGGAAGGGGAGGAGGAAGAGGAGGAGGAGGAGGAAGAUAUGGUCACCCUGCUUGAAGAGCCAGAACCAGAGCCCAGGAAGAGAAGAGCUGGACGGAAGCCAAAGACGCAUCAGUCAGUUAUUUCUAACAGCUCGCUGGACCUCGGUAUCAAGAAGAAACCACGAGAAGGGAAAGCAGGAAGCACCACCUACCUUUGGGAGUUCCUGUUGGACCUCCUCCAGGACAAGAACACCUGUCCACGGUAUAUCAAGUGGACCCAGAGGGAGAAGGGCAUCUUCAAGCUGGUCGACUCAAAGGCUGUGUCCAAGCUGUGGGGCAAACACAAGAAUAAGCCAGACAUGAACUACGAGACCAUGGGACGGGCCCUCAGAUAUUACUACCAGCGUGGCAUCCUCGCUAAAGUAGAGGGCCAACGGCUGGUUUACCAGUUCAAAGAGAUGCCUAAGAACAUCGUCAUCAUCGACGACGACAAGGCAGACAUGCCCGCCCCCGAUGGUCUGAUCAGCUCAGAGGCCGUCGCAUCCUACGAGCGUGUUCCGCCGCCGCCAGACAUGCUGCAGUCGACCGAGCUGUCGUCCUCCAAGAAGCCCAACAUCUUGCGGGGCGGGAACAGGACCAAUGUGGUCCACACUCCUCUCGCCAUGGGCAGCAAGACAGUGACAGGAGGUGGUGCAGCGAUGGCCGCAGGGAUACCGAGGAUAAUGACUGUUUCAACAGCGCCAGAUGGGAGUCAGACCCAGCAGUCUCACACAGCUAUCAUCUCUACCGCCACUGGGCCCAGGACGGUGCGGGUGGCCAUGCAGGUGCCUGUGGUCAUGACAACAUCACUGGGUCAGAAGAUCUCCACUGUUGCCGUGCAGCAGCCGGCAGGAACAACGGGGGCAGCCGGCCACGCCACCCUCCUCGCCAACACUUCUGCUAUUGGCGCUGCCGCUGGUAACACCAACUCACAACAGAAGGUUGUGAUCCAGACCAUCCCCACCAUGGUUCCAGCCACAGCAGAGAACGGAGACAAGAUCACUGUCCAGCUGGCCAAGAUCAUCACGAUCCCAGCCCACCAGCUCGCUCAGUGUCAGCUCCAGGCCUCCACCGGCACAAACAAGUCCAGCGUCGGGGCUUCCCCAGCCAGCAUCAGCCUGCUAGGAAGCCCCCUGACGGUCCGGGCCCUGGCACCUGUCGGCGUCGCGCCAGGAACGCAAGUGAUGAGACUCACCAUGCCGACACAGACGCAACAACAGACUCUUGUGGUGUCACAGCCGGGAAGCGGGGCCGGCGUGGUAACGGUAUCAACGGCUAAUCAGACGGUGACGGCCCAGCCUCGGAUCAUAAGCGGCAUCAUUAAUGGCUCGGAGCUGGUGUCUUUGGAGAAGCUGAAGGCUGCAGGAGUCCAGGUCCAAGCUGUGCAGGUGCCCGUGACGGUGGCAGUCCAGCAGAACCAGGUGCACCCCAAAACUGUCCAGAACGUCCAAUCGGAGGUCGUGGAUGCUGAGGUUGUUAUCAAACUGGAAACGCCUGAUGUGGCGAUAAAGACAGAAGAGCCCGAGUGUUGAAACACAUCUACCAUAAUCCAUCUUUUCCUUCUCUGCCAGAAAGGGUUAGUUUGUACAUGUCUGGCGUUAUUUUUACUCUUGUAAUAACCAGCAGCAGUCUGUGAGACUUUAAAGACUCCCGAAGGCCUGUUUUUAGUCCUGAACCUGUCAACACAUCUUCCCUAGAACUUAACUGAACUAAGCCGGUCUCCCUCAGAACCACAAUGAAACCUCUGAGUGUCGUGUGCAGAGUUGAAACUGUACUCUGCAACAAAGGAAAUACACACAGACUUUAAAAGAACUUGUUGGGAAAGGUAAAGGGACCAACCUUGAUCACUACAAUUUAUGCCUUCUAAAUAGAUCGUUAUGACUGACUCACAUUGGGGGAGAACCUUGAAAGUACAAGGGGGGGGAUCUGAAACACUACAAAAUGAGGCAAAUAAUUAACUAACCAAAAUGUGAACUAUCAAAUAAAAAAAGACACAGUGCGGGGUGUAAUGACGCUUCUAUGGAGACCUUUUGUUUAUAGUUUUUGCCUCCACAGAUGUUAAAACCAGCAACUUGGUAAUUUUUUUACUUAUCACUGUGCAGAUCAAGUUAGGGUGGUGCUACUUUGAGUCCUAAAAGAGUGAGCGAGAGGGAUAUGGAAGGAUAUCAGACAGAAAGUGGUCAUGUAUGUACGUGUAUACAUACGUGUGUGUGUAUGUAAUAAAAUUUUAUAUAUAUAUAAAAAAUAAUUAAUUACACACACACACUACAGUUUACGGAGUUAAAAGAACAGCCUUAGAUUUUAACUUUUUCAUGUAUUGUCUGAACAGGAAGCUGAAAUUUGUCUUUGUGUUUUGAUACCUUGUACCAAGCACAGUAUUAUUGAAACUAGGGGAACUAAUAUUUGUAUUAUUAGAUCCUCUGCCUCCAUCAGGCUUAAACGCCCAUAUAGAUUGAGUCUUACAGGAGGAACAGAAACGUGUUGAAGAUCAGUGUGCCCUCCAUCGUCUAGGAAAAUCUGUAGGCUUGAAUUUCACACUCUGUUUCUGAGUUAUGUUGUUUUUUUGACAGAUGUUUGCUCUUUUUACAACUGUACACAGUCUGGCUGCAUGGAAAUGCAAAGAAGUGUGACUGAGCUGAUGCAUGCUGCCAUGUCUUGGGAAAAAAAUAAUCCAAAUAGGAAAGUAUGUAAACUCAGAGGUCAGUAAAGAAAUGAAGCAUAAUUUUAAUUAAAAGAUGUCUGUGAGAAAUAUCAAUCCACUGUCAAUCCCAGGUCACUUUACUUCUCGCUUUAAACAGAGGGCCCAUUUGCUAGUAUGCAUUUUUUUAUUAUUUUUUUUUUACUGCCACUUUGGCCCUGCCCCUACAUUUCAUUAUUUUUGAUCUAAAAAGAGGGAAGAUGUAGAGAAAGAUGUUUGUGUUCAGACUGAACUGUUUGUAUAUUCAACAUUUGAAGUAUAUUCUAUUUUGCUGUACUCUUGUUUCAAAGUGUAUUAGAUUUUACUGAAAUAUAAAAAGAAAUCUGAAUCCA